CUUUUUAUUAAUUCUCUUUAUCUUCUCUUAUGCAGGUUACAGAUAGAAGAAUCCUCUAAACCUGUAAGGCUGUCACAGCAGCUGGAGAAAGCUGUGACCACCAACUAUAAACCAGUGGCUAACCAUCAAUACAAUAUUGAGUAUGAGAAGAGGAAGAAGGAAGAUGGAAAACGGGCUCGAGCUGAUAAACAGCAAGUGCUGGACAUGCUUUUUUCAGCCUUUGAGAAGCAUCAGUAUUACAACAUCAAAGACCUGGUGGACAUCACCAAACAGCCAGUG